ACCUUCGGCUUCACGCAGGAGCAAGUGGCGUGCGUGUGCGAGGUGCUGCAGCAGGGCGGCAACAUCGAGCGGCUCGGCCGCUUCCUCUGGUCGCUGCCCGCCUGCGAGCACCUCCACAAGAAUGAAAGCGUGCUCAAGGCCAAGGCCGUGGUGGCCUUCCACCGCGGGAACUUCCGCGAGCUCUACAAGAUCCUGGAGAGUCACCAGUUUUCGCCGCACAACCACGCCAAGCUGCAGCAGUUGUGGCUCAAGGCGCACUACAUCGAGGCCGAGAAGCUGCGCGGCCGGCCGCUGGGCGCCGUGGGCAAAUACCGUGUGCGCCGCAAGUUCCCGCUGCCGCGCUCCAUCUGGGACGGCGAGGAGACCAGCUACUGCUUCAAGGAGAAGAGUCGCAGCGUGCUGCGCGAGUGGUACGCGCACAACCCUUACCCUUCGCCCCGCGAGAAGCGCGAGCUGGCCGAGGCCACCGGCCUCACCACCACGCAGGUCAGCAACUGGUUCAAGAAUCGGCGACAGCGCGACCGGGCGGCAGAGGCCAAGGAAAGGGAGAACAGCGAGAACUCCAACUCCAACAGCCACAAUCCACUGGCUUCGUCGCUGAACGGCAGCGGCAAGUCGGUGCUGGGCAGUUCGGAGGAUGAAAAGACGCCGUCGGGAACGCCAGACCACUCGUCAUCCAGCCCCGCGCUGCUGCUCAGCCCUCCGCCGCCACCCGGCUUGCCGUCCCUGCACAGCCUCGGCCACCCUCCGGGUCCCAGCGCCGUGCCUGUGCCCGUGCCCGUGCCGGGCGCAGGCGGCGCGGAUCCACUGCAGCACCACCACAGCCUGCAGGACUCCAUCCUCAACCCCAUGUCGGCCAACCUCGUGGACCUGGGCUCCUAG